UAUGCAACUGCCAGUACGCGCCGGCAAGCCAGCAUCAGUGUUUCGGUAACGCUCCGCUCAACUGCACCCGGCCUUAUCACUACCGCUUAUUUUGCAGUCAAACUUAUCUUUACUAUUUUUUAAUGGCCAGUGUCUCGAUGUGUGUUUGAAUUUUUGGCGGUUGAAUUUAAAAGUGGAACGAUGUACUUUGGCAAAGUUUUGGUUUUAGUGUUUUCUGCUGGGAUUUUGUAUCCAGCGGCCGAGGGCCAGUCGGUGGUAUGCCCCGCCGUGCGUACAACCAGCGGGUGGCUGGACCUGUUCCCGCUGCCGUGCCGCAAGUCCUCGGAGUGCCGGACCGUGAUGGGGCCCUCGCACGUCUGCUGCAAGGGCUACUGCACCAAGGGCGUCGCGCAGCAGAUCCGAAAUGUGACUAACCAGUCCAGCACAAGCACAACCAGUACAAGCACUAGCACAACCACCAGCACAACAACGACAACAACAACAACUACAACAACUCCAAGUACCACCAGCUCCACGACCACAACUACCACGACGACGACGACGCCGAAGCCGACGACGACGACAGAAGCGCUUCGGCCCUACUUCACGCUGCUUCCGAUCAUCCCCGUGCCGGCUACUGCGAAGCCUAACAAAGCUGCGGUGAAGAAAGGCAAGCAACCACCGAAGCUAGUGUGCCCGAAGUCAGGGCAAUCAGCGUUCGUGCUAUUCCCGGUGCCUUGUGAGAACACCGCGCAGUGCCGCAAGAGCAGCGGGGCCGACCACGUGUGCUGCGAAUCACGCUGCGUCAAGGGAGUCCCGGCGCCGCGCUCCGAGCCCGUACAGCAGGCUUCGCACCAACCACUCCUCGGCGUGAUACCGCGAGAGUGCCCCUCGCAGCCGCUGGGCGAGCUGCUGUUCGAGGUGCAGUCUUGUAAGACUGACGCUGACUGCUGGCCCAGGGUGUGCUGCCCUGAUGGCAAGAGAUCCUACUGCCGGACCGCGAAGGCCAGGCUUGACUUAGUGCCCGUGGUCGGCAAUCAAAUUAAUCAACCUGUCAGAGCGUUCGAGCAGUACCUACAGUGCACGGCGCCUCCCAAGCCGGACCUGUUCCCGAAGCAGUGUCAAUCCAGCGUUGACUGCUUCCCUAAUCUGUGCUGUGCGGAGGGCGGCAAGAAACACUGUCGGCCACCACAGAGAAGUCUGUUGGCUUUGUUAGCAGGCAUGGGCCAGAGAUUUGGAACCACCCUAGUGAACCUGCGGCAAGCACAGGCAAAUAGAAAUAAUAAUAAAAUUUAGAUUUUAAGUGACCAUACAUAUUAGUAAUUUAAUGUUUUGUACUUUUCUAUUUAAAAUAAAAUUGUUGUUUUAAA